AGACAGACACCAUCAUGAAAUGGCAAAUAUUCGAUAUAUCGAUAAGAGAAGGCAUCGAAUUGUCGCUCCAAAAAUAAAGUUAUCAUACGCCUUAUUGCAAAAGUGAGAGUAUUAGCUUAGCCUAACAAAGGCCCACCAGCGCACUGUAAGGAGAGCGUGAGCUAAAAUUACAGAGAAAUGGCCGACGAAGGUGCAGCACUACCUGCCGACCAUGUUCCACCUGCAGAUGUAGCCGGUAUACACACCACUUUGACUGUGCCGCCUGCAGUGGAUAAAGUGCACACAGAUGCCUCAACUUCUACCACUGUCCAGGUGGACAGUGAUGUAGCUGAAUCUGACCGCUGCUGCUGGAUCUGUUUCGCCACGGACGAGGACAACCGCCUGGCAGCGUGGGUGAAACCCUGUCAGUGUCGUGGUACCACGAAGUGGGUGCACCAGAGCUGCCUUUACCGCUGGAUCGAUGAAAAGACACAAAAGGGCAACGCCCUACGCUCAGUGUCUUGUCCGCAGUGCCAGACGGAGUACAUAAUUGUUUUCCCGCAAAUGGGCAAGUUCGGUGGUGCUUUAGAAGCGAUGGAUAAUUUCAUAAAGCGUCUAAGUCCAUUCUUGGCAGCUGGUUUUUUUGUGGGCUCUCUAUACUGGACAGCAGUUACAUAUGGAGCCGUAACAUUUUUACAGAUCGUUGGCUAUGAGCACGGCAUGUCCAUCAUGGAGGCCGGCGACCCGCUAGUUCUCCUUAUUGGACUACCGGCGAUUCCAGUAGGGUUGGUGCUUGGUCGCUUGAUUCGCUGGGAGGAGGCCCUUUUACGCCUGAUUCGAAACCGCGGGAUGGUAGUGAGAAAAUUUCCGUUUGUAAGCCUUAUUUAUCCGAGCCUUAACCAGGAAGAAGACCAGCCAAGCUCCAGCAAUCCGGCUACACCUGCUCUCUCAGACCCAGUGUCGGCUACGCGAGUCUUUUGUGGGGCCCUACUGCUGCCCACCAUAUCAUCUAUCGUGGGACGGAUUUUUUUUGACUCCGUUGAUAACACGUUGCACAGGACUUUGCUUGGAGGGCUCACCUUUAUAACAGUUAAGGGAAUCUUGAAGAUUUACCUAAAGCAGAAACAAUAUGGCCGCCGUAAAAAGCGUAGAAUCGUUGACUACACAGAGGAGAACAUUCGCAACUUCAUGCAUCGUAACAAUAACAAUUCCGCAGAGCCAGCACGUCCAGAUCAGCAGCCACAGCAGCGUCCAGUGCCACCGGUACAACGUAUGGACGCGGUGAUCUCUCGCCAUCGCGAUAGUGGCGGUAGCGUUGUCUAGAAGGUAUUGGAGUGAAUACCAAAUUAUAGGGCCAAUUGUUUUCUACGCGUUUCUUGUUUUUUCAGUUAAUUGUUUUACCUCUUGCUCUUGCAAAGACACACCACAAGCCCAAUUAUUUUAGGUUGCUAAAACUGGCAAUGUCUGCAGGUAACAAAGCUAAAUUUAUUGUUAAAAUACACAAUGUGUAUCGGUCGGAAAAUAAAUGUAUACUCAACCUAUACACCAACUAUUCUUGGAAAAUAUCUUGUUAACGAUUGCGAUAAAUCCGCCAUGUCUUUGAUAUAAUUUUGAUAUAGUACAUAAUAGAUUUGUUUGUAUAUGCUUCCACACACUUAAAUUUAUACGUAACCAAUUUUGUAAAUUAAAAGUUGCCCCUGUAAAUAAAAGAAAUUCCUCAGCGGUGGGUAAGCUUUAUCCACAAACAUAGUA